AAUCAUGUCGCCGCACGUUGUCGAUACCAAGGUUGAUGGGCUUAAGAUCAGACACCGUUACCAUAGAUCGAGGCGGGACCUUCACAGAUUGCCUGGGAAUCGUUGACGGUCGCGAAGAUGAUGUUGUUGUCAAGCUGUUGUCACAGGAUCCCUCAAACUACGAUGACGCGCCAAUCGAAGGCAUUCGUCGCAUUCUCGAAAAGGCGACUGGAAAGAGCUUCCCGCGCAACGAAAAGCUCGACACCACCACACUGGAUACCCUGAGCAUUCGUAUGGGCACGACUGUGGCAACCAAUGCGCUGCUUGAGCGAAAAGGGGAGAGGGUCGCAUUGCUAGUAACGAAGGGGUUCAAAGACGCGCUUGAAAUUGGCACACAGUCGAGGCCAAAACUAUUCGAUCUCAACAUUCGACGACCAGACGUAUUAUAUGACGAGGUAGUUGAGGUUAAUGAGCGCGUGACAAUUGAAGACUAUCAACAAAAUCCGACUCCAAAUCGCGAGCAGUUGCUGACCUCCCUGGAACGCGAUCCUGAUUUAAUCAAGGGUGUGAGCGGCGAGACGCUACGCAUCCUUACAGGACUCGACAAGGAGUCGAUUCGUCACGAUCUCCAAUCAUUGUACGAUCGGGGAUUUAGAUCAAUUGCGGUGGUGCUAGUUCACUCUUACACCUUCCAAGAGCAUGAACUCGAGAUCGAAAGGAUAGCGACAGAUAUAGGCUUCUCGCACAUUUCCCUAUCUAGUCAGCUACUGCCUAUGAUUAAAAUGACAUCACGCGGAGCUUCAGCCACAGCGGACGCCUAUCUUACGCCGGUAAUUAAGCGGUACAUCGAGGGCUUUCGGUCGGGAUUCAAAGAUGGCUUGCGUUCGAGCGACACACGUUGCGAGUUUAUGCAGAGUGACGGGGGACUGGUUAAUUCCGAAAAAUUCUCCGGCUUGCGAGCCAUUUUGUCUGGACCUGCUGGGGGUGUCGUCGGACAUGCUCGGACAUCAUUUGAUGAAGCAGAGAGAACUCCCAUUAUUGGGUUCGACAUGGGAGGAACCAGCACGGACGUGUCGCGCUACGAUGGAAAGUUCGAGCACACAUUCGAAAAUACGACGGCCGGCGUUACCGUGAUGGCUCCGCAGCUCGACAUCAAUACCGUGGCUGCUGGAGGUGGAAGUAUUCUCUUCUGGCGGCAUGGCUUGUUUGCAGUUGGCCCCGAAUCCGCAGGUGCUCAUCCCGGGCCUGCAUGCUACCGAAAAGGAGGCCCACUUACCGUUACCGAUGCCAACUUAUUUCUCGGGCGCUUGCUGCCGGAAUAUUUUCCGAAGAUAUUUGGACCUAAAGAAAACGAGCCGUUGGAUGUCGAGACAACCCGGGAACAAUUUCGACAGCUGGCGAAGCAGAUUAACACGGAGACGGGGCUAUCCAAAUCUGCCGAAGAGAUCGCCUUGGGCUUCAUCGAAGUAGCGAAUGAAUCCAUGGCGAAGCCCAUUAGAGCGCUUACGGAAGCAAGAGGAUAUGAGACGUCUGCGCACAAUUUGGCCUGCUUUGGCGGGGCUGGUGGACAGCAUGCUUGUGCCAUCGCCUCGUCACUUAAUAUACAGACAGUGAUUAUUCACCGGUACUCUUCGAUUUUGUCCGCCUACGGCAUGGCUCUGGCGGAUGUGGUCCACGAAGCGCAAGAGCCUGCGUCUGGCUUCUUGGAUGCAGAUACUCUCAAUGAUAUCCGAAAGCGCAUAUUUAUACUGAAGGAAAAGGUUCGAAAAGAAUUACUUGCGGAUGACAUCCCCGAAGGCCAGAUUCAGUACGGGGUUUAUCUGAACUUGCGGUAUAAAGGUACCGAUAAUCUCCUGAUGAUCCUUGAUCCAGACGAUGGGGACUUCAUAGCCGCGUUCGUCCGCGAACAUCAACGCGAAUUCUCCUUUACUUUCCCCGGGAGACCCAUAGUGGUUGAAGACGUGCGUGUCCGUGGAGUGGGCAAGUCCCUCUCUGUCCCUCCAGAGUGCCCCCAGGAUGAGUUGAAAUCAUUGAAAACCAAACCUAUCGCCCCCCAAUGUCUGGACGAUUCUACCCGGGUCUAUUUCAGGGGGGUCGGACUGGUCGAUGCGCCUGUUUAUUUCCUGGACAGCUUGCAUCGAGGGACCCGAAUUCAAGGGCCAGCCAUGAUUAUCGACCAAACCCAGACCAUCGUUGUUGAGCCCUCAGCUACAGCAACAAUUUUGUCCCGCCAUGUCAUUUUAGAGAUUUCGACAAAGAGAAGAGAGGAAAUUGAUGAGUGUUCACUUGUUGUGGAUCCUAUUCGUCUGUCUGUCUUCGGAUAUCGAUUCAUGUCCGUAGCCGACCAGAUGAGUCGCAUGUUUCAGAAGACGUCGGUUUCAACCAACAUAAAGGAAAGACUGGACUUUUCCUGUGCUGUCUUCUCGCCUGAUGGCAAGCUUGUAGCUAAUGCACCGAACGUGCCUGUACACCUUGGCAGCAUGGAGUACGCGGUUCGCUAUCAACAUGAAAAUUACGCUUGUAAGCUUCGACCGGGCGAUCAUAUUUGCACUAAUCAUCCCUUGGCCGGUGGGACUCAUUUGCCCGAUAUCACUAUCAUCACCCCGGUUUGGGAUAAUAAUGGCGAAUCCAUUAUAUUCUACGUCGCCUCUCGCGGUCAUCAUGCUGAGAUUGGUGGGAUCCAGCCCGGAUCCAUGCCUUCCAAUAGUCGCAUGCUUUACGAAGAAGGUGCGAUGACGAUGGGAUUCAAGAUCGUUUCAGAAAAUCAAUUCGACGAGAAAACAGUCCGCAAAUUCCUUUACGAUGGCCCCGGCUCAUUCCCUGAAUGUAGCGGAACGCGCACAUGGAAUGACAACGUCUCCGACCUGAAAGCAGCAAUUGCCGCGAACCAGAAAGGAGCCCAUCUGCUUAAAGGUCUGGUAGAGGAUAGCUCCUUGGGUUUGGUCCAUUUCUAUAUGAACGCCAUCAAAGACAAUGCUGAAGUUGCCGUUCGACAAUACCUAAAGGAGGUGGGAAAGCGAAGUCAGGGCCAGAGUCUUAGGUUCUCUGACUUUAUGGAUGAUGGGACUAAGGUCUGCCUGGAGAUUCGCAUUGACCCCGAAACUGGCUCGGCCGACUUCGAUUUUACUGGAACCGGACAUGAGACGUUCAAUUGUCUGAAUGCCCCGAAGGCGAUUGCGCACUCUGCAAUAAUCUACUCCUUACGGUGUCUCAUAAACGUGGAUAUCCCGUUGAACCAAGGCUGUCUGGCACCUUGCCGUGUAAUCAUUCCAUCCGGUACAUUAUUGAACCCCUCGGGGACUGCGGCUGUCUGUGCUGGUAACCCCAUUACAUCGCAGCGAAUUACAGAUGUCGUUCUCGGAGCUUUCAAUGCUUGUGCGGCCUCACAGGGGUGCUGCAACAUUGUUUCUUUCGGCAUGGGAGGUCGUGACCGUGAUGGCAACGAGGUUCCAGGCUUCGGAGUGGGAGAGACGAUCUGCGGAGGGUCAGGAGCAGGUCCAAGUUGGCACGGAACUUCUGCAGUCCAUUGCCAUAUGACAAACACACGUAUUACAGACCCGGAAGUAUACGAACUGCGCUACCCAGUCAUUCUCCGGCAAUUCUCCAUUCGAAGGGGCUCCGGUGGUCGGGGACGGUUCCGUGGCGGCGAUGGUUCUAUUCGAGAGCUCGAAUUCCGCGUCCCUCUUUCAGUAUCGGUUCUGAGUGAGCGCCGGGGCUACCGGCCUUAUGGAAUGGCAGGCGGAGAAUCGGGACAGGCGGGCCUGAAUCUCUACAUUAAGAAAGAGCACGAUGGUUCCGAGAGGACGAUCAAUAUUGGAGGAAAGAUGGAGCUAAAUGUGCAACCAGGAGAAAGACUUAUUAUGCACACGCCGGGAGGUGGAGCGUGGGGAUCCGAUGAAACAAACGAUAUUUUGAAAGAAACCCUCGGAGCUGGAAACUCCUUGCACAGAGCGUUCAUUCCAUGCGGCAGUGUGAACGCGUUCACGGAGACUGCCGAAGCUGCCCAAUAGGUGCCGGGGGACCAGGAAAUUUUCGAUCGAGUGAAC